GCUUGCUUCUGCCUUGCUCAUGCCUUGUGCCAAUCUCCACACAAACACGUGUGCACAGACAUCGCUGCACUGAACACCACCCACAACUUCCUUUGUCUCCCACCGUUGUUUGGUCGACAUGCUGAGCAAGGCAUACCUGAUCGCGUACAACGCGGUCGUGGCCGCAGGAUGGGCCUGGAUCAUGGUGAUGACGCUGUCAUCACUGCGCCUGCCCGCGUCCGAGAACGCAAAGUGCACCUUCUACAACACCGUGUGCUUUGACACGUCCAGUGGGCCCGCCAUCUUCGAUUUCCUCAAGAUCUUCCAGACGGCCGCCUGCCUUGAGGUGUUGCAUGUCAUGCUUGGUCUCGUGAAAGGCACGCUCUUCACCACCUUCUUCCAAGUCUUCUCUCGCGAAGUCCUCACCUGGUUCGUCUGCUACGUCAGCCCUCGCAUUACCCAAUCUGACGCCUUCUUCUUGAUGAUGGUUGCCUGGAGCGUGACGGAGGUGAUCCGGUACAACCUGUACUGGAUCAAGCUGGCCUUUGACAAGGUCCCAUAUCCGCUCAUGUGGUGCCGCUACUCGUUCUUCAUCGUCCUCUACCCACUCGGCGUCUACUCUGAGAUUCUGUGCAACCUGCGUGCCAUCUUCUUCUUCAAUGAACUCCGCGAGGAAGGGAAGUUUCUCGACGACACCGAGGAGAAUGGCUACGUUGCCCGCCUUUCCCGCCAAUACGGCGUCUGCGUUGCGCUUCUCAUGGUCCUCUACCCAACAGUGUUCCCGCAGAUGUACCUGUACAUGUUCAAGCAGCGCAGCAAGUAUCUCAACGCCCGCAAACCGCGUCCACAGCAGACAGAGGGCAUCCAGUUCCCAGCAGAUGACAAGGGCAAGCGCAGCACGAGCGCAUUCAACCAGGCCGCGUUUGCCGCCAGCGUCUUCAACCACGACCAGCAGGCUGCGAUGGCUGUGAUGAAGGAGAAGAACUGGCGGUUUGGAUAUGGCAAGCACGUCAUCCGCAACGUCGCCCUCUCCUGCAAGGACAACGACACCUGCCUCAAGACACAGACACUCACACUCGUGUCCAGACUACAAGGAGUGGGAUUGCGUUCGGUAGGGCCAAACAGCUGCCAGAAUGAAGAUGCCAAACAGCAGCGUGAAGAUCACGGAUGUCACGCACAGCCUGGCGCAUGGGGAGGUUUCCGGGAAGUGUGUCGCUGCAUUCACACAUGA